AUGAAGGCCUCCAGUCUCACACGGAGUGUCUUCCGCGCAAUCCUCAAUGACCGGCCAUAUGCCAUUAGGGGGUGCGAGGAACCACGGCAAAGAACUCAAAGAUACAGACUCAUCCAGCCUCGAUACAACUACCUCCAGACACGCCACUUCUUUGGUUUCGGUUCCCACAGCCAAGUCUCGCAUUCACUUUUCCAAGACGCCAAACCAGCCUCACCCAAUCUAGAGCGCGCUCUAGGAAAGCUAUCAGACCUCGUCAAGGCAAGAAGAAAUAACUCUAGAUUCCCUCCUGAGAACGAGAUCGUUGAUGCCUUCCGGUACAUCUUCGCUUCCCGACUCAAGUCACCGAGACAUCUCACAAGGAACGAGGUGAAUCUCGCCACCGAAGCAUUUAUACAUUUGCGGGAACGGAGUCGUCUAUUGAUCGGAGACGGGAAGACGACUUUACUUGAGGACGACCUUAACAAUGUUUUACUAGCAUUGGCAUCCUCCACUGGAAGAGAUCGAUAUCGAAGUGAUGCGAGAGUUCUGGCUACGUAUAUAUUUGAAGCUCUGCGUGAUCCCUCUACGAACCCCCAGGACUAUCUCUCAAAAUUGGGCAAGCAACAAGUGCGAGGGUCUUUACUUGCAACAUACAUCACAGUUCUAUCUACGACCGGGUCCGCCCGCGAUGCCCUCGAUUUGCUACGGAAAUCAUGGGGGUCUUCAGAGAGGACGAGCCUACCUAUUUGGGUGACCAUCUUGAGAGGUCUUGCCGGUGAAGGGCACACACAGGAAUUGUGGGACGUCCUCCAGGAGGUCCAUAAUAGUAUCGGUCUACUUGAUGCUCCUUCACACGAAGUCCUAACGACCUUCCUUGCCGAUCAUGACGAGAUAACACUUUUGAAGAAGAUCUUUGAGUUGCCGCUAGAGGAUGGUCAAGUGCCUACAACCUCAUCACUUGUGAAGGCAUUAGACUGUUGCAUCCGCCUGGGAGAAUUUGAGUGGGCCGCCCCGUUGGCAAAAGCGUUACAUCAAAGGACAGAUUCGGGGGAGCUUGCGGGAACUCUCCUAUUAUGGUAUGCUUCCCAUGAUGACAACGUGGAUCACAUACGGCGCAGAAUCGACGAUAUGGCAGAAUCUGGUGUCGCAGAUACCAUGACCAUGAAUACCAUCAAUCGAAUUAUCCAAUACGCCUACCUGCAGCAUAAACCGGAGAAGGCUCUUGAGUAUAUCCAACUAGCUGAACGACUUGGUCUUCUACCAGAUUCGCGGACCAGAUCUCUCCAAUUGGAUUACGAAAUCAAGCAAGGAAAUCGUCGUGCAGCCUCACAAGCCUUCCACCAGCUAACACGAGAAGAGGUUCCCGUCGACCGCCGAGAUGUACCCGUACUCAAUCGCUACAUUGCAUCACUGUCUUUCUCUGCCGAUCACGAAUACGACCAUCUUAUGCACGUAGUUGAUCACCUCUUGGAGAGUGGGGGUGAACUGGAUGCUGAAGCAAUUGCAGGGCUGUGUCAUGUGUUCCUCGACAAGGAUGAGAUCGAAGAGGCCACCGGGCUCCUUCGCUACCGGGUUGACUCUCUACCCUUGGACGACCGUGCACGCAUUGCUGCAGUCUUUCUCAACUUCAUCCCUGAUCCUACCAUCCAGCCUCAACGGGCAUAUAACGCAUACGAACUCCUUCGCCAUGCUUUCCCAGAGACCUCCGUCUCCCACAGGUUGCCACUGAUGCAAAGCUUCUUCGACCGCGGCCGCCCCGACCUGGCCUGCCUUGUCUUUGGCCACAUGCGGCAGAGAGAAAACCUUGAAGCACGCCCUUCCGCGGACGCUUACGCACUGUGUUUCGCCGGCAUCGCCAAAUGUAAAGACAUCGACGGCCUUCAAAUGGUGUACAAUAUGCUAAAACUAGACCUACAAGUCGAAAAAACGACUCGCAUCCACAACAGCCUUAUAGCCGCAUAUACGGAAUGUCAACAGCCCUUCGUCGGCAUCAUUGACCAUUUCUGGAAAAUCAUGGAAUCCCGCGAAGGACCGACAAUCAGCUCCUUCCAACUCGCUCUCCGCGCCUGCGAGAAAUGGAUUCCCCAAGGCGGCCACGAAGCACGCCACAUUAUGGCGCUGAUGCAAUCCUUCAACCUGCACAUCACCAAGGAGAUCUACGACCUCUACAUCGGCGCUCUGGCUGGCCAGUCGGAGUUCGAGAACGUCGUGGAGCUGAUCGAUCACAUGCUCGAAGACAUCGGCGAACACCCGGACUUCUUCACGAUCGGCACUUUCUACAACGCCAUCCCCUGGCAGUUCCGCAAGGAUGAGGUCGAGGCCUGGGCCAAGCAAGCGUACCCGAAGGAAUGGGCUGAGCUGGAAUCCUUCGGCGAUGAAAUCGACGAGGAGUGGGAAAUCAGGUACUUCAAGAUCGAUCGUAACCGACAUAUCGACAUGCAUGAUGAUCUGCUCUUCGGUGAUGGCGAGUAUGAACCGAGAUUGGCUAGAGAGAAACACCAGAGUCUCGAGAUGCCGAAGCAGUAA